GGGGCUGGGGCGGUCCGAGAGGCUGAGUCAGGUGGAGGAGGGGGAGAAAAAAGGGGAUGGAUUUGUUUGAAGACUUGCCUGAGCCCGGAGAUGUCCAGAAGUCAAAACCUUCGCUAUUUGAUAACCUACCAGACCCAAGCAACCCAGACGUAGCUCCACGCGUGCCUGAUCUGUUUGGGGAGCUUCCAGAAGCAAAGAAUGACAUGAAGGGAGAGAAACGUAAAAUAUCGGAUGAGAAUGGAUCCAAAGGGCAUGAGGACAAGAAGUUGUGCAAAGGAUGUGUCACCUUAAAGGGUUAUGUUGCAGAGAGAAAGGGUGAACGAGAGGAAAUGCAGGAUGCACACGUUAUAAUUGAUGAUUUCACAUCGUACUUCGCACAAUUAUCCUCAGAAGUCUCUCGGCUCUCCUACUUUGCUGUUUUCGACGGCCACGGUGGAGUACGAGCAUCCAAGUACGCAGCACAGAACCUUCACCUCACUCUUGCCCGGAACUUCCCCAAAGGAGAAGUGAGUAGCAUAGAGAAGACCAUUAAGAAAUGCCUUCUAAUGACCUUCAAGCAGACGGAUGAGGGCUUUCUCAAGCAGGCAUCAAGCCAAAAACCCGCUUGGAAAGAUGGAUCUACUGCCACAUGUGUCCUGCUGGUGGACAAAGAUUUAUAUGUUGCAAAUCUUGGUGACAGCAAGGCCAUUCUGUGUCGGGUGAAUGAGACCAGCAAGAAAUUGAUGGCCUUGCCACUGGUGAAAGAACAUAACCCAACCCAAUACGAUGAGAGGAUGAGAAUUCAAAAAGCCGGGGGCACGGUUAGAGAUGGUCGGGUGAUGGGCGUAUUGGAGGUGUCACGUUCCAUUGGAGAUGGACAGUACAAGCACUGUGGCGUGAUAUCAAUACCAGACAUUAGGCGCUGUCAGUUAACGCUCAAUGACAGGUUUAUUCUCCUGGCUUGUGAUGGAUUAUUUAAAGCUUUCACCCCAGAGGAAGCUGUUCAGUUUGUUUCAGCAAUACUUGAGGACAAGACUCUGACUGCAAGGCCAGGGAAGUCGGCACAGGACGUGCAGUUUGAAGCUGCCUGUAACAGACUGGCCAGUGAGGCAGUCCGCCGAGGCUCUGCGGAUAAUGUCACCAUCAUUUUGGUCGCCAUCAGGCACUGACAUGAGGACCCCGCCUCAAUGAGAAUAUCUCAUAGGUGAAUACAGGCGUCCAGGAGGAUUUGCCAAUCUUGAAGGGAAACGAUGGGACAACCUCAGGACACUUCAGAAAUUUAAACAUAAAAUGCUUAACUUUUAUUUCCUUACUCCUCUCUUCUGAUCUUGUCGAAUUGCCAACCUGCCACUGACUAACACUCCUAGAUGUAUACGUCCGUGCACCUGACAAUAGCAGAGAUCCUUUAUUUUUGUCUCCAAUAACCCAAUGGUGGAGCUGCUGCCUCCUCUGUUUAGUAAGCUGAACCAAAUCUUUUUUUAAAAAAAAACGUUUUCUCACCACUCAAUCACAUGGCAGAACAGAACUGACUUGGCAACAUUUCUCUGUACCUGCUGGUGUUGGAAUGCUAACGUGUGCAUGGAUAGAAGGGGCAAGGAGAAAGACCUGUACACAGACUGGCUUGCGGCCGCUCUUGUCUGAGACAGUGGGAGUUUUGAGAAAUAACAUCCAGAACCAGAUGCCAGGGAAGGGUUUUGAAGUCCUCCAUCCCAGACUGUAAAGUCUGGAAGUCUUUAAUGAGUUCAAGAUUCUGUUUUAUAUACUGUUAUUGUCGCCUCGUUUGUUCGUGCUGGUGUUCAGGUUUGUUGUUGGUUGAAUCCUAGUUAAAGUUGUUUCUUUUCCAAAUGUUUUGCAGUAACAUCUCAUUUCAGUACAAGCAGUGACACGUCAUUUUGUUGUCCAACACCUUCUAGUGGUGGUUCCUAUCAGUGCCUUCUCUUGCAGAAACAGACAUGAGGAUAGUUGCUCAGACCCUAAUUACAUUACAGUACAUGGUGAAGCAAAGUUGGGAAGUAGUGAGACAAUGAGCAAGUGCGCACUCUGUUGCAUUUUAGUAAUCCACCUUUUUCCCCAUGAAAGCUAACCUUUUAACACAAUGAAGCUCUCUUUCCUUCUCAUGCAGAGCUGCUGCUUCACCUUGUGCAGGAUGGCAUUAUGACUGUUAACAUCAAUACUAGAUUAGCAGCCCUGAUUACAGAGCUACUGAAUUCUGCUUCAUCUCCAGCCGUAAACAAUCAAACAGCAAUGCAGCACAGGAGGCUAUUCCACCCCAUUGAGCCGGCAAUUACUCUUUCAUGAGCAAUCCAGUCAGUCCCUUCCCCUGCUCCCUGCAGAUUUGAGUGCUUUUUUCCAUUUCCGUUGUGAAGGCUAGGGUCUGAUCCGUGUCCACCAUCCUAUCGAGCAGUGUAUUCCAAAUCCCAACCGGUUUACUGCAUGAGAAAAUGUUCCGCUUGUUCCUUUGCCUCAAAUCUCUGUCACUGCAAACAAUUUAUACUUCGUUAUUCCACCUCCCGUAUUUCUUGCAAAUCUCCUCUUGGCCUUCUGUGCUGUCAGGAGAGCAAUCUCAACUUGUCUGAUCUGCUCCUACAAUUUUAAACACUCACCCUCUGAACCGUUUUCAUAAACCUCUUCAGUGACCGUCUUCAUCAUUGCUCAUUCUUCCUGGUCCUGAAACCUGACCCGUUUCAUGUCCCACUUACUUUACAUGGUUGCUGCAGUUGUAUUGGUACAGUACCCCUAGGUCAGUAAGAACGCACCAGACCUUUGGUUCAUGGCUUUUGUAGGGAAUUGGACCAUGUCUCAAGGUCAGGAGUAUUCCACAUCAUAGAAUCACAGUUAUUGUGGUACCAUAACAGACCAUUCAGUCCAACAGGCUGUCUAAACAUGUUAAAAUUAGUUCCACCUGCUGCCUUUUCCUUGUAAUUUUGCAUUAAAAUGAAAUUUAACUUACUUGAUAUGUAAGUAUACCAUUGCUACAGGAUAAUUUUAAAAGCGAACCCCUCCAACUCUGAUCUUAUGUACUUGGUAGUUUCAGACUGGGCCUCGCAACCAACACCCAUGGAUGAUCCUCACAGGCAAGCAACUUCUAAUGCUGUCAAUAAUCAGUAAACACUGUGGGUUCCUAAUGGUCAUUGUUUCAUACAACGGGAGUCUCAAAGCUUUCCCCUUCUCCUCCCUCCCCCACAGUCCCACCACCAACCAAGUCAUGGGAGGCCAUCUGCUUCUAUGGUACCAGGAUGGUUCUGUUUACCUGACUUUGGGACCAGUAUUAGAUCUAUUAGGGAAAUUAUAUGCGAGUUCCUCAUGAGGCCAAAUAAUUUAUGGAAAUGAAAACAAAAUACUCUGCAUGCUGGACAAUGGGAAUAAAAACAAAGUGGUGGAAAAGCUCGGUGGAUUUGGCAGCAUCUGAAGAGAGAAACAGAAUCAAAUAGGAAUGACCCCAACCAUUCAGUUGCUUGCUGUUUCAAUAAACCAUUUUGCUCCCAUGCUGAUAUUUACAUCGUUGACUUGCUGCAGUAUUCCAGUUGAGCUCAACACAAGCUUUGUAGUCUCUUGGACUCAAUAUUUAGUUCAGAGCAUUAUCUCUUGUACUCUAUUUUUCUGACAUCGCCCCUAGCUGGGUCUUAUUUGCUUUGUUCUUAGCAAAGCCGGAUCCAUUAUCUCCUUUUCAUAGCUAACGUUUACAGCUCAAUUAUAUCAAAAUGUGUAUAAAAUCUGUCUCCUUUUAACUAACCUUAUUGCUGCCUUCAUCUUUUGCUGUGGACACCUUUGCUGUGUGCCCCACUUGCUCCCCUUCCUCCCCCACCCCAAUUUCCCCAUAUCUACCGCAAAAAAGUCAUCACUUGCCAGCCAUUUUCAGUUCUGAAGACAGUUCAUAUGGGACUCUAACUCUCUCUGGCCUCCGCAGUUGCUACCAGACCUGCAGAAUUUCCCUAGCACGUUAUUUUUAUUUCAAAUAAUCCACUUAUGAACUGAUUCAGAGAUCUUAAGAGUUUUCUAACGACGUUUGUUUGAAUACCAAAUAGUUUUUGCUGCCCCAGAUUACCCACCUGUGUGAACGCAGAGAUGAUGCCUUUUUCCUUAUUGAGCUAUGCCUGCUGGCAUUCUGCAGAACUGAAUGGGAAGUGUUGUCACUGUUACACGUUGUUCUCUAAGAACCAUUGUUUUCAUUUUGCUAAAUAUCAACCCUUUUUUCUUUGUGUUAGAUUGUGUAGUAUUGAUUUUAAAACAGUCUCUCACUGUUAUGCAGAUACAGAUGUUUGCACCAUAUCUGACUAUUUUGAUAAGAGUUGAGUAAAAAGUGCUUCAGUUUAAAAAUAACGUGAUCUCAGGACCUCAACUAUCACCAUUUUGUAGUCAAGAACGCAUGGCCUCAUAUCAUCUGUCGUGACGAUUGACUAACAAUGAUAAAAUAAAUAGGAUGUCCCAGA